GCCUGACUUAAAUUAAUGGACUUGUGAUACCUUUGACACCCGUGAACCCUUUCUUACUAUUUAAGGCUACUCCACUUCAAUCUCGACCAUGGCAGCGAGGACCAGGGCCAAGUCCACCAACAAGAAGGAGAUCGUGUCGGUGCAAGAGACACCUUUCACCACCCAGAAGGAACGGGACGAGCAAGCUGUCUCAAAGCAGCCGGCUAAGCUUACAGCUAAAGCCUUCUUUGGGACGGUCCCCCAACCACAGCCUAAGAAGGCUUUGCUUCCGCUAGGCUGGGCAGCAGCCACCAACUGGAAGCGAGGAGGCGCAGCCGCCGGCACUAAGGCUCCACGCAGCGGAGCGACUGGGAACGAUGCUUCUAAAGGCCCCCAGCCUUGCCGCGGCCCCAUCGACGUCAUGGUUGCCGAGGGUGUGGAGCGAGCCCUGAGUGCCGAGCCUGACCUCGCCUCCAACACGGUAGAGCUGAAGAAGCUGCGCACGGCGCUCAAGAAGGAAUGUACCAACCGCUGGGCGCAACUUGAGGGCGACGAGCGCAAGGCCUACCAGGAGAAGGCUGACGCCGACAAGGAGCGCCACCGCGAGGAGACACGCGCCCGGAAGGAGGCCAACGGCAAGGGGGCCAAGGCGUCUGACAAGGCCGGCGACCAAGAUGAGACUUGUGACGACGCGCCCGACAACGGCAACAAGAAGGAGGAUGCGGCAGCUACCAAGGGCAAGAAGACAGCCAAGGGCAAGAAGGCGGCUGCGGAGCCUGCCGAGAAGAAGACCAAGAAGGAGGCCGGCAAGGGCAAGAAGGCGGCUGCGCCUGCUGCUGCUGCCGCCAAGAAGUCCGAGAAGGCGAGUGGUGCGGCGCUUAAGUGGGCUGAGCAGCAGCGCAAGGAGCUACUAGGGGAGGACACAGCGGUAGUUGCAGCAGCGGAUGACGGGGAGGCUGAUGGUGAGGCCGCGCCGGCCGCACGUCGCAAGGGUCGCAAGCCGGCUGCCGACGCUGCUACGAAGAAGGCGGCGAAGAAGCCUACAGCUGCCAAGAAGGGCAUUUCCAAGCAGCAGGCGCAGCCGAAGAAGCAGCGGCGGAAGGCUGUUGAGGAGGAGGCGGAGGAUGACGAGGAGGGUGACGACGACGACGAGGAGGCGAUGGAGGAUAUUGAGUCGGGCAGUGAGAACGAGUAUGGCGUCAACGAUGACAGUGAGGAGGGCAACGACGACGAUGGUGACGAUGACGCCGAGGAGGAGGAGCCGCAGCAGAAGCCGGCAAAGCGCGGCGCUGCGGCGAAGGCCCCCAAGAAGGCCGCUGCCCCCAAGGCAGCGGCCGGCAAGAAGGAGCAGGCCGGCACGAAGCGCCAGCGUGGCAAGCAGGCGCAAGAGGAGGAGCAGCCGCCAGCCGAGGAGGAGCCGCAGCAGGCUGCUGCCGCUGCGGCCGAGGGCAGCAAGAAGCGACAGAAGGCGGAGGCGGCUCCCGCGGAUGUCAAGCAGCCUGCCGCUGCCGAGCCGCCCAAGCAGCAGCCCCGGAAGCGGCGUUCUUCCGCUGCGGUAGAGCAGGCCGAGGAGGAGCAGGAGGAGCAACAAGCUGUGGAGCCCGAACAGCCCAAGGAGCAGCCCAAGCCCGAGGCGCCUAAGCGUGGCCGCAAGGCUGCCGCCGCUGCAGCUCCCUCUGAGCCCGAGACCGCGGCUGAGCCCGAGCCUGAGGCCGCUGCCGCCCGUGGCGGCAAGUCCGCCAACCUGAAGCGCAAGGGCCGGCCCGCCAAGGCCGCCCCUGCCGAAGCGGAUGCGGAGGAAGACGAGGAGGCGGCGGUUGAGGAGGAGAAGCAGCCCCAGCCGAAGAAGGCCGCCGCCAAGGGUGGGAAGCGCGGCAAGGGCGCUGCUGCAGCCCCCGCUGCUGAGGACAAGGACUCCGAACCGGUGGCGGCGCCUGAGCAGGAGGAGCAGCAGCAGCCUGAGCCCAAGGCAGCCAAGCGUGGCAAGGGUGCGAAGGACGCCGCCCCUGCUGGCAACGACAAGGGCGCGGAGGAGGAGGCGACGGAUGCCGCGCAACCCGCUGCGAAGGCUGGUAGCCGCGGCAAGGGCGCAAAGCGUGCCGCCACCGCCGCCGCCCCUGCUGCUGACGCCAAGGAGGAGGCUGAGCAGGAGGAGCCGCAGCAGCAGCCGGAGAAGAAGGCAGGCCGGGGGGCCGGCAAGAAGCAGAAGGCCGAGGGCGUGGACGCAAAGCCGCAGGAGGCCGCAGAGGCCCCCGUGAAGGGCCGGCCACGCCGCGGCAACUGAUGCAGAGAGUCGUUUCUGGCAUGCUGCGGGUGUGUGCGGUGCUGCCGUGUAGUUUAGGAUACUAGGUGCAUUGAUGUGUGGCGCCGUGUUUGCCGCUGCAGGAGGGUAGGAUGGGUUGCAGGGUGACGACCGUACUUGGCUCCUAGACUUGCUGCGUGCUCUGGGCCUCUGGUCGUGCACAGAGGCUAAAUAUGCGUAGAACUGUUUGACAUUCGCAAAGAUGCAUUCCUUGCAAAGCGUGGCUUACAUGCACAUGACACACGGUACAGACUGCUGCCGUACGUGCAGGCAUAAUCCUCGGCUACUGCUGCUGCCACAGGCAGCUGUAAAUGCUUUGCCAGC